AUGGUUGCUCCUGAUAUGAAAGAGCAGUUCGUUGGUGCUACGGAUGUAAAUCCUCAUGAAGACAGGGACAAGCAGAAUUCUGGCUCUAACUCAGAUACAGAGGGCUGCACUGACAAUGAUGAUAAUAAUGUUGUAGAUGGUAAAGAUGGAUCAAUUUCAGAUACCGAGACAGAAGAUAGCAAUGAAGCUGACAAUGAUAUAAAGCAUGCCGCAAUGGAGGAAGAUGAUGAAGCUACCCAACAAGAUUCUGAUGAUGAUGAUGAUGAUGAGGAUGAUGGUGCUGGUGGUGAUAAUGAUGAUGAUGAUAGUUUGGACCACAUGCAUGGUUGA